AUGUCAGGUGAAAAAGCCUCUAGUCCUUUAUAUAUUUCAUCUGAUUCUGAGUCUGAGGACGUUCCUUUUGCCGAGGUUGCUGCUCCUAUGGCGGGGCAGGAUGAUAUAUUACGCACUAUGGCAACUGCAAUGCAACAGAUUGCUAGGAAUGUGCCACCAAGUCAAUCUUCCAUCCUUAAACAGAUGCAUGAAUAUCACGCGGAAGAAUUCAGAGAUGAAAAGUUACAAGGUGCAACUGCACUUUUGAAAGAAGAGGCUCAUAGGUGGUGGGCCAGUGUGGCUCGUGCUACUCUUCCAGACAUGGUGACGUGGGAUUUCUUUCUGAGUAAAUUUCGUGAAUGCUAUGUUGGGGAGCAGUACAUAGAAGACCGACGACAAGAAUUUCUACAGUUAGUUCAAGGUAGAAGAACUGUUCAAGAGUACGAGAUUGAGUUUCGACGUCUUUCGAGAUAUGCACCAGAGAUAAAUUAUUCAGAUGUGGAUAUGUGUCGGAAGUUCAGGAGGGGUUUGAGGAGUAUUAUCCAGGCUGGACUAGUUGGAUUGGAGACAUCAGAUUUGACAAAGUUAUCACACGCUGCCCGGACUCUUGAACAACUUAAAGUUAUUGAGAAAGUUGAAGAGGGCUUUAUGAAUCAAGAGAAACGACCUGCAGAAUCAUCUCACUCGGCUUCUCGAUUCUCGGGAAAAAGAUUCAGAGACUUUAGAGGUAACAGGAGUUCAGCGCCUAGUCGAUUCCAAGGCCAAAGACCAAGUCAAAUGUCAGAGUUUAGGCCAAGACAACAUGCAACUUCAAUGGCUAGUACUGGAGGAUCAGACAGAGUACCAAUGUGCCAACAUUGUGGAAGACCUCACCAUGGUGAAUGCCGAAAACUGCUGGGGACGUGCUUUUUAUGUGGAUCUAAGGAUCAUUACUACAGAGAGUGUCCGAGGGGACAAGUAUCUUCUGAGACUAGAUCGGCGCCAGGGGUGCAACAAGGUCGUGGAACCGAAAGGGGGUUUGGAGCAGCACGAGGACAGAGGUCAGCAUCUGAGCCCAUACAGAGGCCAGCACCGAGAGCUCCUUCACGUGCUUAUGCUAUGCGGACUCGCGAGGAUUCUGAUGCUCCUGAUGUUAUACUUGGUACUUUUACAUUAUUUGAUGUGUCUGUUAUUGCUUUAAUUGAUCCCGGUUCUACUCAUUCAUAUAUUUGUGAUAAACUCAUAUAA